GUACAGCAUAUGCUGAGUAAAUCCCAUCGGUUCAGAAGCGCGGCUGUGAUGGAUUUCUGCAUGUGAGCGAUGCAAGCUGUACUGUGUUUGUCAGCGGUUCUCAGGGUAAACGUGAGCGGAUCCUGAACAGCCAGCCUGCCCUUUUAAUGUGGCGAUUAAGCAGAUCAUCAGCAUAUUUGUCUGGAUUGCAGCCAGAGAUUAGACCCAAGGAGAAGACAGAGUGGAUGCGGGCCGGCUCAUCCACAGACAGCUACAAAAGGCCUCCCCCAAGCAGCUGCUACUCUCACUCUAAGUCCCAUUGUUGUGUGACUGUGAAGAGGGACAACAUCCGCUUCACAGUAGACCAAUUGGGCCGAGAGGUUCGCACUCGAAAUGGGCAACUCGACAGGAAGCACCGUGGACGACCUGCAGGCGGUGGAGAUGCACCUGUGGUACAAGAAGUUCAUGACUGAGUGUCCGUCGGGUCAGCUCACCCUGCACGAGUUCAAGCAGUUCUUCGGGCUGCGAGGCCUGGACCCCGAGGCCAACGCCUACAUAGAGCAGAUGUUCCGCACGUUUGACAUGAACAAGGACGGCUACAUAGACUUCAUGGAGUACGUGGCCGCCCUCAGCCUGGUGAUGCGAGGGAAGAUGGAGCACAAACUGCGCUGGUAUUUCAAACUGUACGAUGUGGACGGCAACGGCUGCAUCGACCGCCACGAGCUGCUCAACAUCAUAAAGGCCAUCCGUGCAAUCAAUGGGAACGAAAACCAGGAGACAACCGCCGAGGACUUCACCAACCGCGUGUUUGACAGGAUUGAUAUAAAUGGAGAUGGCGAGCUUUCCUUGGAGGAGUUCGUGGCCGGCGCUCGCAGUGACGAGGAUUUCAUGGAGGUGAUGAUAAAAAGUCUGGACCUCACACACAUUGUGGCGAUGAUCCACAACAGGAGGCACAGCGUUUAGAAUACGCUCGCCCCGACUACCUCAUCCUCAUUCACGAUUUAACCCGAGAGCUUCGGCUCGUCGCCUCGGGUACAAAAGUCAUUUAUAGACUGAGAUUUCUAUUAAGAUUGAAUGCAGUUUAAUAUUACGCCAGCGUGCUGCAAACACGGACAUCUCUUACGUCUAAUCUCCAAGAGAAUGACACACAUGCACUUUAAAUGCAUUUGGAUGACUCAGUCAACCUCUACCAAUGGUCGGUUGUCCUUAAUGAUGCUGAGCUCUCCCAAGGCCACCCUGGCAUGAGGGAUGAUCUCCUCAGACGGUCCACUUACCCACUGAUACCUCCAGGGAUAAAAGGGGGAGGUAGUGGAGUAGAGUGGCAAUUACAUGCACUCAAAGCUUCCCAGAUCUUUUUUCUUUUCUCUUUUCUCUCUUCCUGGAUCUGCAUCAAAUUACUCAACUCUCUGUUUACUCGUUCCUGCCUGUGGGAAACCAGGAGGAAGCGGUGACUCGGCACUGUGCUGACCCCAUCCACGCUAAUUCGAUCACGUCAAAGGCUGUAAUACAGGAGCAGGUGAAACGAGUUAACAGAGUGCAGAUACGUCUCGCAAAUGUUUACCUUUUUUUAUCUUUUGUUUUGUUUUCUUUUUUUUACAAAUUGAUUCAAGUUGAAGCAAAUGGCGAAAUACUAGCUUGGUGUUUUCGUGUGCGGGAGUUUGAUUUGCUGCCUGUUCAGCGUACAUGCAGAUCACCUUUGUUGUUUGCUUAUUUGUACAAUAAAAACUGACCAUUUAA